AUGACUCCAGAAGAAACUAUAGAAAAGUUAAAGUUAUUAGGUUUAAGUGAGCAGAAAGCAAAAGAAACUUUAAAAAAUGUUAAUGUUACAAAAAUAUUACUUGCCGCGUUGAAUGAGGUAAAUCUUCAAAAUGCACCAGCGGGUGCAGGUAUGUUACUUUACCACCUUGCAACAAAAAUUAAACCACAAAUAACCGAUAAACUCCCGUUUAUCUGUAAGUACAUUGCUGACGGAAAAUUGGAUUCUACCUUAAGGAUUGACGCUGCCAUUGAUUAUCUUCUGAGUUCCGUUAAUGAAACAAAUGUUGAUAUUGCCAAAUUUGAGGCAGCGUGUGGUGUUGGCAUCACAAUAACACCAGAACAAAUCGAACAAGCCGUGGAAAAACAUAUGGCUAAGUAUAAACAAGAGUUAUUAGAAAAAAGAUAUAGAUUCAAUUCUGGUACUAUAAUGCAAGCAGUGAGGGCUGAGUUAUGUUGGGCUGAUGGAAAAGCUAUUAAAAAUGAAGUGGAUAUACAGAUUUUAGAUUUAUUGGGCCCUAAAACAGAAGCUGAUUUAGCACCUAUUCCUAAAACAGAUAAAAAGACGAAAAGUGGGGAUAGUGCAAAGAAGAGCAAGAAAGAAGAUCUGCAGGAAACAAAAGUGCUUGAAAAACCUGAAUCAUUUAUAAGUUCUGGUGGACCAGUAUCAAUAAAUGAUUUAAUGAAAAAACUGCCCUUUCAUGCUCCUGGAGAGAAUUAUAAAACAGAUGGCUAUAUUGUUACUCCAAACACAAAAAGAUUACUUGAAGAACAUUUAAAAAUAACACAAGGAAAAGUACGUACAAGAUUUCCUCCUGAACCAAAUGGAAUCCUACAUAUAGGCCACGCUAAAGCUAUUAACAUAAAUUUUGGAUAUGCAGCAGCGCAUGAUGGAUUGUGUUUUUUAAGGUAUGAUGACACAAAUCCAGAAAAAGAAGAAGAAAAGUUUUUUGUUGGUAUCAAGGACAUGGUGGAAUGGCUAGGAUAUAAGCCAUACAAAAUUACUCAUUCAUCUGACUACUUUGAUCAAUUAUAUAAAUGGGCAGUGCAGUUAAUUAAAAAAGAUCUUGCAUAUGUGUGUCAUCAAAAAUCUGAAGAAAUCAAAGGAUUUAAUCCCCCACCUUCGCCAUGGAGGAAUAGACCUAUUGAGGAGAGCUUACAACUGUUUGAGGAUAUGAAAAAUGGAAAAAUUGACGAAGGAGAUGCCACACUUAGAAUGAAGAUAACUCUAGAAGAAGGCAAACAAGACCCAGUUGCAUACAGAAUUAAAUUUAAACCUCACCAUCGCACUGGCAACAAGUGGUGUAUUUAUCCUACUUAUGAUUAUACUCAUUGCCUUUGUGAUAGCAUUGAGCAUAUUACACAUUCACUUUGCACCAAAGAAUUUCAGUCAAGGAGAUCAUCAUAUUACUGGCUGUGCAAUGCCCUGGACAUUUACUGCCCUGUGCAGUGGGAAUAUGGCCGCUUAAAUGUCAACUACACUGUUGUCUCGAAAAGGAAAAUUGCCAAGCUUAUUGAUGAAGGAAUUGUUAAUGAUUGGGACGACCCACGCCUCUAUACUCUGACAGCACUACGCCGCCGUGGUGUUCCCGCAUCCGCUAUAAAUUCAUUCUGUGCCGGUUUGGGAGUAACGGGAGCUGUGGGGGCAGUUGACCCUACCAUGUUAGACGCAGCUGUGAGAGAUGUGCUUAACGUCACCGCACCCAGAACAAUGGUAGUCCUAGAACCCCUGAAAAUUACAAUAGCUAACUAUAAAGACAAUGCGCCGAAGGAAUAUACAGUACCAGAUUUUCCGAACCAGCCCGAAAAGGGAUCUCAUAAGGUGUUGUUCAACAAAGUGCUGUAUAUAGAAUCCACUGACUUCAAAGAGCAACCGGAGAAGGGUUACCGUCGCCUAACCCCGACACAGUGUGUAGGCUUACGAUACUCCGAAUAUGUUAUAAAGGUAUCAAAAGUUAUUAAAGAUGAUGCUGGUAAGGUUGUUGAGGUUGAGUGCCAAGCUGAACCAGUAACAACCGCAGAGAAACCAAAGGCCUUCAUCCAUUGGGUAUCUGAGCCCAUUGCUGUCGAAGUGCGGCUCUACGAACCUUUAUUCAAACAUAAAAAUCCAGAGGAUCCAAACGAAGUUCCGGGUGGUUUUCUGUCCGAUUGCCGCGAAGACACUUUGAAGGUGGUAGUGGAGGCCUACGCCGAUCAAUCGAUAAAAGUUGCAAAAGUGUAUGACAAGUUUCAGUUCGAGCGAAUCGGAUUCUUUUCCGUUGAUCCUGAUACCUCUUCUGAAAUAAUGGUCUUCAAUAGAACCGUUUCUCUGAAGGAAGAUAUUGGAAAAUAG